AUUCAGUAUUUGCUGGUUAGUCAGCAUAGAGCUUUCUACUAGUCGCUAAUUGCAAUCGGUUGUGCAUCCACUAAAAUAUUUUUACUUAUAAACAGAAAUUAAUCAUCAAUAUUAUUUACAUUAAGUAAAUGAAUGUUUACUUAAUAUGUACAUGUUAGAUUAGAUAUAUAAUAUAUAAGUGCGUUUAUAUAUAAAAUGUAAACAAAUUGAUACGCUUAUAGUUUGAUUUUGUUUUCCCUAAUGGAAGAAAUAUUCAUAUAAUAUAUUAUGACGAUUUUUUUAUUAAACAUACAAUACAAUAAGAAUAAUAUUCAGUCUGUAAUAUAAUUAUAAAAGAAAUAUACAUAAAUUAAUAAAUUUUAAAUAAAUACAUAAUUUUUUUAAAAUGACUAAUAAGAUAUUAGAUUUUGAAACAUACGUUAUAUUUGAUAUUGAAACAACAGGUUUACCUAUAUAUAAUUUUAAUAAAUCAAAUAUUAUUGAACUUUGUGCUAUGGCAAUAUCAAAAACUGAAUUAUUUCGUUCUCAAACACCCAGAGUUAUUCAUAAAUUACUUUUAUUAUUUAAUCCACGACGAGUUAUUCAUCCAAAUUCUUCAAAAUAUUCAGGUUUAUAUAAUGAUCAACUUGAGUAUGAAAAAAUUUUUGAUGAAAAUGCUGCAAAUACUAUAGCUGGAUUUUUCCAGCAUUUGCGCGGGCCAAUUUGUUUAGUUGCACAUUAUGGUGAUAAACAUGAUUUUCCAAUUUUAAAAAAAGCCUUUGAAAAAAUAAAUUCCAAUUUACCAGAAAAUGUUUAUUGUAUUGAUUCAUAUAAAGCUAUUGUUCAUAUAGAUGCCAUAAGACAAGGUGCUGAUAUACCGAAGGAAAUAAGAGAAAACAAAUAUGAAAAUACAGAAAAAAAUCAGUUGGAAUCACAAAAUAUCGAUUAUAAAGAAUUGUUAAAUGAAGAUGAAGAUCUUUUUAUACAUUUUAUAGAUGUUUAUUUAGAUGAGAUAGAAAAAACUGAAACAAAAAAUAAAAAUGAUAUCCAAAAAAUCAAUGAAACUACACCAAAACGUCGUUUCGCAACUGACAUAAAUCAAACUAAUAGAUUUGUGGCCAGAAAAGCUAUAAAAAUAAACUCAGAGACUGGAGAGAAAGUAAAAAAAAAUUUAUUUCAUACAAAUCAACCCGAAAACAAUAGUAAGGGAUUUCCAAAAUUUAAAUAUGGUUUUUAUAAAUUAAUGAAAAUAUAUGAAAGAUAUUAUAAUGAGAGACCAAAUAUACUACAUCAAGCUGAAGCUGAUGUUAUAACUCUACAAAAAAUUUUAUUUUAUUAUGGAAAUGAUUUUGUAAAAUAUUGUGAAAGAAAUGCAACACCAUUUUCAAAUAUAAAUCCAUUGUAAAUAAAAAUGAUGACAAUAAUCUUAAUUUUUUAAAUAAAUUAAUUUUUUAGAUUUUAA